UUUGUCACGGCGCAACAUUUAAACUCAGUAGACCGAUAAGCCUCAAAAGUGAACAAUUAUUAUAUUAAAAAUGGUCAUAGUGAACAUUUUACAGCUAAAAUAAAUUAUAUAUUGUAUUUAUUACAACCAAGCAGACUCUGUUUUUUUUUCAAUUUUAAAUAAUAAAGAGCAAAAAUAAUGUCGAUCGACUUAGACAAACCUCGUUAUGACCAAUCGACGUACACGGGGCGGGCCAAGCAUUUCCUACAGUUGACUAACCCACUGAAUGUUCUCGCCUCGGAUAAAGAACUGGACGAGGCAAAGAACAUUGUCACAGAGUUCAGGAAAUCUCGUAAAAUGCCACCAGGGUAUGAUGAAGAGAAACUGUGGAGGACAAAGUAUUUGUACGACAGCGCCUUUCAUCCCGACACAGGGGAGAAGAUGUUUGCUAUUGGACGGAUGUCGGCGCAAGCGCCCAUGAACACCAUCAUUACGGGAUGCAUGAUAACAUUCUACAAGACGACAGCGGCCACUGUCUUCUGGCAAUGGGUGAAUCAGACGUUCAACGCAGUCGUCAACUACACCAACAGAUCAGGAGAUGCUCCGCUAUCAAAAUCGCAGCUAUUGGCGUCGUACUGUGCGGCUUGUGGAGGCGCGUUGGGUACCGCCUUGUACCUCAAUAACAAAGUUAAGAACAUGAAACCCAUAUAUGCUCGACUGGUGCCCUUCGCAGCUGUGUGUGGCGCAAACUUCAUCAACAUCCCCAUGAUGAGAAGCAACGAGCUCAUGAACGGCACACCCCUAUUCACCCCGGACGGACAACGGCUGGGUGACUCGAAGCGGGCGGCCGCCGUGGGCAUCGGGCUAGUCUGCGUCUCCAGGGUCCUGAUGGCGGUGCCUGGCAUGACUCUAACCCCGAUGGUGACGAACUACGCUACUCGCCGUGGCAUGUUCUGCCGCUACCCGCUGGCGGUGAUCCCGUUCCAACUGUUCCUGGUGGGGCUGUGCGUGACGUUCGCCACACCGCUCUGCUGCGCACUGUUCGAACAGCGAGCCGCCAUCGGGGUUAACAGCCUCGAGGAGGACCUGCAGGAACAAGCUCAGAAGAAAUUCCCCAAAGUAAAGGAGUUCUACUUCAACAAGGGACUGUAAACUGCAGGAGGAUGGUUUUAUACGAGCUUAUAUUUGUACGUAUAGCGGAUGUCGCUUGUAUGUACCUAGAUAAUUGAUAUUAUUGAAUACAGUGUGCAACACAAUUAACUAAAAACAUAAAUUUCAAAUUUAACGUGCCUAAUUAGGUGUGGCCACAGACACUCUGUCAACCGUCAAGUCACUAUCGUUUCAUUGAACUCUGAUUGGCGGAUUUAAUUACAAUACCACAACCCUCUUUGUAAAUGGAUUAAUAACGCCAAUGGGAACAGAAAUUGUAUUAGGGCAACCUGACGGGUGACCGAGUGUCUGUUAAUACACUAAAUUAGUCUCUAGAAGUUCUGUUAAUUUUGUUGCAGACCGUACAAAUUACUGAGGUAUAUUCUAGAACAGUCACUGCCAACCGCCUCAACUAUUAAUGAUAUUAAAAUAUUUUUAUCAGCGAGGUUUAUUUACCUAUAAUUAUUUGAGUUGGUUUAUUCGAUAAAUUAAUAUAUUUUCUCUAUGAAAAGCUGCACUAUCAGUACAUGGAAUGUAUUUAAAAAAAUAUAUACAAAUUUCUAAUAAAAUUGUACCCGUGCGAAGUCGUGGCGUGUUGCUAGUAGAUUAGGUACAGAAAAAAAUCACCAAUACUGAAUACCUAGAUCUAAGUCAAUUUAUGUGACUGUAAUUUUAAAGUAUAUCUACAUAGGUUACAAAGCUAAGAAAAUAUUUACAACUCUAACAUUCCUAGUUGUUGUGGGACCGUUGUUAUAUUUGUUACGUUUUAUACAUUAUAUAUUUGUUAUAAUUUAUUUUACAUUCUUACAUUUAUAUCAAAUUAUCGUGAUGCAUUUACCUAAAAUAUUUAUAAAUCUUUUCAUGUAAAUUUAUUUUGUCUUGUUUAACAAAAAUAUUACCUACUAAUUAUUAUUAAGUUGGGUAUCUUGAGCGACUUUGAGCGAACAAAGAACAUGUCAACACGCUUUACCACGAAUUAAGUAGGUAGGUAAAGAUGCUAACCGUGCUUGCUAAUGCACUCUAAUAAAGCACUGAAAGUCAUCUUUAUAUAGUAUAAAACAAAGUCGCCGCUAUCUGUUCGCUUAUCUCUUUUUAUUAAUUACGCAACCGAUUUAAUGCAGUUUUCAGCAAAAAGUAGUCAUUCGAGAGAAAUGUUUGUAUGUAUAAACAUGCGUACCUAUUAUAGGUAGUAUAGAACAAGCCGAGAAUUUCAAAGAUUUGUAAUGCAUCCGAGCGAAGCAGGAGCCGGUCGCUAGUUUAAUAGAAAUUACCUAAGUAUUGAGAUAAUUAGAUUAAACUAAUAGUUAUCGUAUUGUUGCAAUUAUGAAAUAAUUCGAUCCAACCAUUUCGAUUCGAAUUGUAUUAACAAUGAUCGUUAUUUUUAUAUAUGUUUAUGUAAAAUUGUUAUGUCGACGACUCAUUCAACAUGGUGUUGUUGUAAUACUCUUUUAUGAUCUGAUUUUUUAGAACUUGUUGAUAUGUUAAUUUGUUAUUAGAUAAAUUUUGGUAAUUUGUUUACAAUUAUUUUACAACAAAACAUUCCAUUUUAACUUAAAUAAUAUAAUGGACUACACAAA